AGGGGUCCUCGCGAGUUCUGUUACGCUCCGCCUGGUCUAGCGUAGUGGGAGUAAAGAUCCACGAUAAGAUCUAUACGAGACGAGCGGACAUGAUCUCCGUCCAACAGUACAUGGUCUCGUCUGGUUUGUGUUAGUUCGAUCGACCCAACAGAUUAUUUAAUUAUUUUGAUAUUUCGUUCGCUUUUAUUAUAUUUGUGACAUUUUGCGUACCCAACUCGCUUUACAAUAUAUAAAUUAAAUUUUUUUUUCAUAUAUAUUAAUAUUAUAAUAAUGAACUGUUUAUUGGUAAAAUCACCCGGUCCGUCCGGUAAACCAGUGGUCACUAUUACGGCGAGUGCGGCAGCGAGCGUAACGGCCGCGGCAAAGGCGGCGAUGAACAAUGCAUUGAAAGACAACGAGCAGAUAAAUGACGCCGUGAGCAAAGUUUUGGGUGGAUACGAUUGGACUCUAGUGCCAGUUCCUGCCAAACCUCCUACAGAGAAGAAAAAUUAUCAUGUAAAGAGACCAAUGAAUGCUUUUAUGGUGUGGGCUCAAGCAGCACGUCGCAAGCUUGCUGAUCAGUAUCCACAGCUGCAUAACGCCGAGCUCAGCAAAACGCUUGGUCAAUUGUGGAGACUUUUGAGUGGUGAUGAUAAACAACCGUUUAUAGAAGAGGCUGAAAAACUGCGUGUGCUUCACAAGAACCGAUAUCCCGAUUAUAAAUAUCAACCACGUCGGCGCAAGGCUGCUAAAGGCAUACCAAAGAUACAGGACAAAUCAAAACAUGACAAAUCUGAAGUAAACGAUUCUCAGUAUCAACGCAAUUUAAAACACGACAUGUCAAUGAAUUGUAGCAGCACCACUAGUAGUCGUCCGAUUAAACAAGAAAUGAUUCCUGCCAGCUCAUCGUCGACCAGUAGUAGUAGUCCAUCCGGUUCAGCACCAGAACCACUGACUCCUCCUACUACUCCAAACUACUACCCAGCCAAGCCCAAAAACGGCUAUUGCAACACUACGCACACUAUUUGUUAUGGUGGUGAAACGGGUGAAUCUGCGAUAGAUUACAGUCUAGAUUUUGGUCGUAUGGACGAUCUACCGGCGGUGGAGGCUAUCGGAGCUGACAUGGUAGACAGUUCGGAACUGGAUCAGUACCUAACGAUGAGCAACCAAUACCCAUCCACGUCGAGCAGUUGUGUUGACCCUGGAGAACAAUAUUAUUAUCAUGCCAGGUAUCAUGAAUUGCAGCCGAAUACGGCCAAGCCACAUUUUUCGGUACAUCAAACGUCAUACCAGCCGUCUUAUCAGUACGUCGUCAACAACUAUAAUAACUAAUUUCAAUAUUUAUACUAUAUAUAAUAAUAUAUAUUUAUAUAUUUUGUAUUCAUUGUAUUCAGGUACUAUUUUAUGUGCAUUAUUUUUUUAUUCGUGUGUAAAAUACUCAAAGAAUAUUUUGUAGUUGGUUGUCGGUAAAAAUUGUAAACGCAACAUUAGAUGAUAAUAAUGAUAUAGUCACCAUAAUAUAGUGCGUGAGAGCAUGACAUAUUAUUUUUCUAUAGCCACAAUAACCGAAUAUUGGUAUGACUGAUAUUAUAUUAAUGAGAAAUAAUUUUUUAAGCGUUUUAAAAAAAUUUUAAUUAUAAAAACAAUA